AUGUCGGCACUUUUUUGCCUCGUUCUUUACUGGCUUUCUCCCGCCCUCGCCGAAAUUAUCCAAUACUGCCACGAUGAUCCUGUAUUCUGCUUCUCGGUCACACUGCAGCAAAACGAGACCAGCGGCCACGAUGUCUACUUGACAAUUACUGCGACACCUUCAGACCUUGGAGGCUGGACUUCAAUCGGCUUCGGCACUGGAAUGAAAGAUGCCUUGAUGUUCAUCAUCUACGCCGACCAGGAUCAAGAGUCGCUGGUAACAAGUAUUCGCACCGCCGAUGGCCACGUUAUGCCUACGCUCUUCCAGGGCCAUACCCACGACAUUGAAGUCCUGCAUGCCGACGCUUCCGAGUCCAAAUACUACGCCCAAUUUGUUUGUCAUUCGUGUGAUGUUUGGUCGCCUGCUAAGAUCGAUGCGAAUGGAAACACUUCGUUUAUUUACGCUGGAACCUCCAAACAAGCUUUCCACGGCGCUGAUCUGAACUCAAAACUAACGGUGCAUGAAUACUCGGGUGUUGUGAUUGGGGAUUUGAGCAGUGCCUGGAAAUUGCACAAAGACGACCGCAUUCCAGAAAUAAAGCCCAAUGAAAUCAUUGGAUUCAAUGAACCCUCCAAACCUUCCCAGGACGAGUCGGUGUUUUCCCGUGUCAGGGUCCACGGUUUCAUCAUGACUGUCGCCUUCAUGGGCCUCUUCUUUGCCGGUAGCUUAGCCAUUCGACUGCCCUUACUUCGUGCCUUCAAGUACCACUGGGUCAUUCAGCUGUCCGCAUCAUUUCUAGCCCUCGGAAGUGCCGCUUACAUGAUCUUGCGAUCCACGCAUUUCGGUACCCAUAAAAUUAUUGGUAUCAUUGUGGUUUCCAGCUUGGUCGUCCAAGCCGCCGCAGGUUACAAGCAUCACAUUGACUUUGUAAAGAUUCGUCGACGAGGACUUUUUUCGCUCGUCCACAGAUGGCUUGGACGGAGUAUUUUUGUUCUAGGGACAUUGAAUGUCGGCCUAGGAAUGUAUUAUCGUGGAUGGUCGACGAUGGGAAUGCUCGGCUGGUUCGUUAUUUGGAGUGCUGAACUUGUCAGCUAUGCGUACGUGCAGUUACAGCAUCGGCGUCGGACAAUGAAGGAGCAACGGGGACAGCCGGUGGCUUUGAGGGAUUCGGACAGUGAGGUGUUUGAUAUCGGGGACGACCUGGAGGAUGAAGAUGAUAUUGAAGGAAUUCCAUUGAUGGAGACUGAUAAGCAUGGCGCGAAAUAG